GUUUUGCCCCGCCGCACUCCAUGCAUGUUCAAAUCACAUUACCGCCCAUUUCGAGAUUCAUCAGGCCGUGUACUAUUCACUGUUCACCGCCCGCCCUCGGGCAUUGUUCGCAUCGGGGUUGUGUACUAGAGCGUUGUCUUUUGUACCGAUUUGCGGUAACAGAACGAGCUAGACAAAAUCCUUGACAAAAUCCAGCCGGCUUGCCGGUCAUAAUACCAGAGUUUGGCGGUGAACAAGUGAUGAGAGAAGGCCGGACCCUCCACCCUUCACCUACGGACGUGGUGUCGUCAUUCGGAGCUGUCAAUCACUUAGCUCAGUCGGUGGUUAUUGGUCCAGACAUCCGUCCGGUUUGAUCGAGUUAAGUCAACUGGCGGCGAAUUCUACCGUACGGUGUAGAGGGAUCUUGGUUGCUUUCUUCAACUUUCUUGGCGUGUGGUGCUCUCAAGAAAGGACAUUCCUAAGAAACAGGUUGUCUUGUGGGAUAUAACGAGGACUUGGAAACGAGUUGAGAACGACGGUCUUUCACAAGCGGAGUUUCAAAAAGGACGGACCGGGUGCUUUUAUACUAAAGCAGGCUCUAACAGACUGUCCCGGAAGAUCCUGAGAACAAGAUGACGAAUCGCGCUGCCCUUUCUGUGGCUGUGUUCCUGGCCUCUGUCGGCAUUAUCGGCGCCAUUAGAGGUCUCCCAGCAUGCCGUUCGACAGACGAAUGUGUGCAGGGAAUGAGGUGCAAAUACCACAGUACCUGCGGAUACUCUUUCUGUAUGGACACCAGUUGGUGUGAGUAUGACUAUCAGUGUAGCGGUUGCAUGCGGUGCCUGUGUAACCAAUGCGUGCAGCCGACACCCUGCAGGUCGGACCGAGACUGUGACAGGCCUGACCAGUGUAUCUACCACAUGGAGGGUGGCUACUAUUGCGAUAGACUGAAGGAAAUUAACACCAUCGAUAUGACACCGGUCAAGCCGCACGAACAGCCGGUCGGGCCGGCCCCGGUGGUACGCAGUGCAGUGAGUUGGCGGGAACAGAUGUUCCGUCCACCGCCCUGCCUCAGUACGGACGACUGCCCCACGGGACAGAAGUGUGUUUACCACAGCGACUACAAAUUCUCCUUCUGUAGGGGUCCACUGUACUGCCAACGUGACAGUGACUGCGGCAGGGGGAGGCUGUGCUUGUACCACGACUGUAGAAAACCGCCCCCUUGCUACGGCGACAAUUACUGCAUCCUUCCACUCAGAUGCUUGUAUCACCAGGACGCCGGGUACUACUGUGACGUCAGCAUAUCUGGAAAUAGUUAACGAGACAUCGGUGUACAAGUGACCAAAUACAGAUCGCCCAGAAGAUGCACAAGUCGUCCAAGAUAACUUUGAAGACGUCCAAGUAAAUAUCCAUUUAUGGAGUCAAAUUUCUACUAACUUAAAGAUAGAAUUUCUUAACACCCUCAAACUGAUUUUUCUUCAUCUACAUUAACAAGAAUAUACAAUGUGAUCAUACUAAAAUGGGUAAAAUUGAGUGCAUAGCUAAGCAAUUUCCACUAUAAGCUAACCGUCAAAUUACAAAUUGGAGAAACUGAAAUGAAAGUUGAUAAAAAAGGAUGAAGCUGAAACCAUAUCCUUUAGUAACUUUGCAUUCAUCGUACCGAUUGUAAAUAAGUAUUGACUGUCCAUGGUGUUGAAAGUUAUAUUAUAUUCUAAAACAUUAUACAUGUGGGUACUUUGCUCGGUUUGAAAUGGGGCAUAAUUUGAAAUGUAACAAGGCCUACUUAUAUAUUAGGUGAUGAUGACUUUCCGAUGAAACCAAGAAAUCUUACUGUAAGAUAUAUUACUGUAAUACUGAAGUUACUAAUUACCACAAAAAUUAUGACUCAAGAGUUAUAAGCAUAUGUACAAACUUCUUUAACAAUGCAAAUUAUAACACACGAAAUAUGUGUGAACAUUCUUGAAAAGUUUGUCAGGGUUUCAAGUCACCGAAUACUAAACGAACCAAGUGUUGUUGUUUUUUUCGACUGAUGUUUCGACAACUGUCUAUAACCUUCCUAGGAGCAAUGUUGACAGUUUCACAUUGUACUGCAGCGCAGGUGUCGCUGCUUACAGAUUCGGUCCAAAACGUAUAUUGUAUAUGCAUUUUUGUACACAUUUAUGAUUAUCUUAUACUUAUUUACAUUUAGAGCAGCAUUGCAAACACCGUAUAAACUAUAUGUGUACAUGUGUAUAGUUUACGUUUGCAAACGCAUCAGUGAGCAGCGACACCUAUGCUGCAGUACAUUGGACCAUUCAGAACUGCCGUGAGGAAAGUGACAGGCGUUCACUGAUACGUCUGUGAAAUAAAGUACUUGGUUGGUGCAAAGAAUCCUGGUGUGCUGUGUAUGAACAUUAAUUUUGAUAGGCUAGUGUACAUCUAAUAAGUGACAUAAAUAUACGAUUAUUCUUACAACAAAGUAUAUAUGCAUAAAGAACACGAAUAAUGUAUAACGCGAUAUAUGAUAUAGUCUUACUAAACAGGCGGUGUUGUGUGAAUCUUUUAACGUGAAUGUUUUGUAUACAUAGCUACAAUGUUAGAUGUCUAUGGGAGAUAUAUAUGUGUAUCAUGUUUCAUAUCAAUAUAUAUGUAUGUGUAUGUACAUGUCAUGUUUGCAUGAGAUUGCAUGUGCAACACGUCGUACGUCGUUUUAGGUAUAAUUAUCUGACAGAUGUAAAAAAUACAAUUUUUGGCAACAUUUUACAUUGUAUGUACAUAUCUAUAGGGAUAGGUAUCAAAAGUGUGUAAGACAAGCACGCUUAUCAAUUAAUGUUACAUGUAUGAAUACAUUCCUGUUGUGUUAAGUCAUAAUUUCUUGGGCGGUUGUCAGUAUGGCUGUAGUUGAGACGUUAUCUAUUAUUCUUUUGCUGUAUUGAUAACUUAAAGUCCAUGUUGAUUAAAAAAUAAUUCAAGUUCAUGCGCCCUAAGCAUAGGCAAUCUUCCUUCACCUGCAGUUUCCAAUGUAAUCGACAGGGAGCGAUGUAACACGGUAACUCGUAGAAGUUAAUCUUGUCUGCAAACCGUUCUCUUUUAUGUUACAAUUUUGCAGAUGCUUACUUCGUAUCUAUCUAUUUUUUUUGCAUAUGUGAAAUUAAAGCAGCACGUUCAUGUGUGAUUUCCAA